UUCCCCUUUCUUUCCCAAUUCCAAGCCCUAAAAAUUUCCGAACUCGCUUUACGACAGUCGCCGAGUGAGAGAGAGAUGGCGCUGCAAGAUGAGCAAGAGCACGAGGUGUACGGUGGAGACAUCCCAGAGGAGGACGAAGGCGAGAUGGAGACGGACGAGUAUCAAGAACACGCCGGAGAAGAAGAAGAAGGCGCCGCCGCCGCCGCCGCGGAAGAGGAGGAGGAAUUUGAGCCAGGCUCUGCCUCUAGGGAUUUAGAGGAGAUGAAGAAACGGAUUAAGGAGAUCGAGGAAGAGGCUAGUGCUUUGCGUGAAAUGCAAGCCAAAGCUGAGAACGAUAUGGCUGCUUCUCAAGAUCCAUCAAGUGCUAUUAGUGCGGCAGAGAAGGAGGAAGUGGAUUUGCGUUCUAUUUAUGUUGGCAAUGUGGACUACGCAUGUACUCCAGAGGAAGUCCAGCAGCAUUUUCAGUCCUGUGGGACGGUCAAUAGGGUUACGAUUCUGACAGAUAAGUUUGGCCAACCCAAAGGUUUUGCGUACGUGGAAUUCGUGGAAGAAGAAGCCGUUCAGAAUUCUCUUGUUUUGAACGAGACAGAACUGCAUGGUCGUCAGAUAAAGGUAUCUGCAAAGAGGACUAACGUCCCCGGAAUGAGGCAGUUCCGAGGAAGGCGCCCCUUCAGACCCAUUAGGGGCUUCAUGCCCGGACCUCCAUUUUAUCCUCCAUAUGCUUAUGGGAGAGUUCCCAGAUUCAGACGGCCAAUGCGCUACAGACCAUACUGAUUGAAGCAAAUUGGUGUUAAAAAGUAGCAGCUGCCUUUUGUUUGAGGAAGGCUAUUCGCAUCAACCUGGUACAUCAGGCGCAAAGUUGCUUCGCUUAAACAGAGAUGGGUUUAAGAAUUUUAGGGAAGAGUGAGGCAAAGGAGAGAACUGUGUUUAGAUUUUCUGUAACGAUAUUUGAUUUUCUUUUUUAUUUUCUUUUUUAUUUGUCAUAAAACUCAAAGCUUUCUAUUGAGAAUGACCUUCACGUUA